GAGGGCGGAGACUCAAGUUUACUGUGCGGAAGGAGGCAAUGGUCAUGACAUCAAGGUUACGUGAAGCCCUCCUCUGACCCAUUAGCAGUUUGAACGCCAACCAAAAUGGACAGCAGAGAGCCUUGUUCAGGUGGUGGGAGUAAUAACAGUCUGGUGCAGUAUGGACUACAGUCACAGAGAGACAGAUGCUCUUAGCAGAGAAGUUUGGCCAGUUGCUGCCCUCUUCCGUCUAGCUGUCAAUACAGUGACAUUAAUCCAGCAGUUUUCAGUGUCCAACGCACCCUUCAUUGAACGGGAUGUGACAACCUGCCUCCAGGGAGACUAUUAAUGAACAUCCUAUUGUACAACUCCAGACCACAAGUUUGAUGGAGAAUCGGGCGGAUGACAGCGGGAACUGUCGUAAUCACCGGAGGAAUCCUUGCGACCGUGAUCCUGCUCUGCAUCAUUGCUGUCCUCUGCUACUGUAGGCUCCAGUAUUACUGCUGCAAGAAAGAUGCAUCUGAUGAUGAGGAAGAGGAGGAGGAGCCUGACCUUCCUGCUCACUCCCGAGUGUCCACCUGCAACGCUUGCAGUUCUCAAGUCCUGGAUGGCCAAGGCAUGGCAUCUCUUUCCAACGAGCUCUCCAACCAGCAGCAGCAGGGUGCUCAGAGCUACUGUCCCACCUACAGCUCCCCCUUCUACAUCCGGACUGCUGACAUGGUGCGCAAUGGCGGGGAGAGGAUCACCUACACCCCCACCUGCUACAAGGAGGUGGGGCCACCUCUCAAAAUGGCGGCCUUCCACAGUUAUCCGGUGACCCGGCCCAGCCUUGGACGAGAGGCUUUUACCAACCCAAGGGCUAUUAGUACAGAAGUGUGACCCCUAUCCCCUAUCCACUGAACACUGCUGCAGGAGCAGGGUAGGGUACAGCAGUGAAAGGACCCCCACCCCUUGGAUUUUAUCCAUCUGUUUCUAUGGCUUUUCUCGCCACGUGGAAUAGGGGUUCCUUGGAGUGCAUGCCACUAAGUGACAGAACCAUCACUCUCCUGGCUCUGGCUCCUGCUAGGGCAUUACAGGAUGGCAGACGGAAGGAGAGUGAUGCUUUGCCUCACAGGACAAUUUUGUAGCCCCCUGCAACUGUAUUUACUUUGCCAUUUCUAUUCACUGGCAGGGCUUAUCCCCUGAGGGCUAUAUACAAAAACAAAUCCAUCUCAAGCUGAGAGAGAAGCGAGAGAGAGGGCUGUAAAUUAAUGCAGCAUCCAUGAACCCCUAAAUGCCUCGGUAGGUGGACUGAAUAUGCUCCGAAGAGAGAGCAAAGCAUCCUGUGUUACAUCAGGAGCAAGAAAUGGAAGAGAUGAAAAGAAAGAGAACAUGGAGAGUACCACCAUUUAAAGAGUGGGAAUUUAGACACACUCGUUUGAUGAAGUUAAGAGGAAAGUCUAGCAGCAGUUUGUUUCAAAAUCUGGUGUCGUCGUAGUUGUAGUAACUGAAUGCUGCUAGCACCUAUAGUCAAAUUUAAAAAUAGAAAAACCUAUUACUGGUUAUGUGAGUCUUCACACCAAACACAUAUGGCACACCCAUAAUCACAGAGCCAAGAAAGGGCCUUUAAAAUAAUCUAAUCCAGUCCUCCAACCCCCCCUCCCAGAAGAAAGUGCUUCAUUUUCUGACUUUUAAAAAUUUAGAAAAUCCAUCCUCAGCAAUGGAAAUGGAAGAAUUAAAAUCGUUGGAAGAAAGAUUUGGGGAAGGACUCUACUGUCAUAUUCAAAGGAGGAUUUUCAAGCCAAUUCCCUAAAAAUGCUUAAACUGUAGACAUAAGGAAGGCAUGUAUUGUCCUUAAAGGAUGAAUAUUUUUAUGAAAA